AUGGUGGAGGGUGAAGGGGAUGCCCAUGAGGGUGAUGGUGAGGUCCAUACUGAAGUUGGAACAAAAAGGGUGGAGGGUGAAGGUGAUGCCCAUGAGGGUGAGGGUGAUGAGGAAGCUAAGGUACAUGAUUUUGAGCUGGAGCAUUUAGGAGAGGAUGAUGAUGCAGAGGACAAUGAUGGUGAGGAUGUACAUGAGGCAGAGAUUGAGGAUGAAGAUGUGGAUGGUGAAGAAGUUGAUGUCAGUGAAGAAAGUCUAAUUGAUGUCAACGUCCAGUGUGACAUUGAGACUUCUAAAGGAAAUGUGAGACAAGAACCUUCUAGUCCAGUAGUUGAGUCUUCACGGUCAACAGAUAAUGUUUGUAUUCAUGAUGUCCGUGGGUUGUUUGACAAUGAGUGGCUAUCAAAGGAGUUGAUUAGUGAAGCAGAUAGUGAGGACAAUGAUGGGUCCACUAAGAUAAAGUUUCUCACUUUUAGUAUUCCUAAAAGUUUUGAGGCUUAUAAAUGGGAAGUAGGAACCUAUUUCGCUGAGAAAAAGGAAUUCACAGAUGCCAUUAGGACUUAUGCACUAAGUAAUGGUAGAAGUUUAAAGUUUAUUAAGAAUGACAAGAAAGGAUUUUUGUGA